AUGGAGGGGCCAAAAACCCUGGGACCCUGUGGCCACUCCCACCCCCAGUGCCCCCAACCCCCAGCUUCGAGCAGCCAUGGAGGAUGCCUGGACCCACCUUGCCAGGGCUUUGUAAGGUGGCCCUGCCUGGUGCCUCUCAGCUCCACCCACUCGAUCGAGUCUGCCAGGCCUUUCCCAGCCCCAGGGGCAGGGGCGGGGGGACCCAGGGUGGCUGGUGAGGUACCUGGGAGCUAUAUCCCAAGCGAAGAGGGAGAGAGGCAGCGGCAGAGGCCGAGAGACCCAGCAGGGCCGAGACAGGGAUGUGUAGACACCGGGCUGGGGUGGGGCUGGCCGCUGCACUUGGGCCGGGAGCAGGGGACAUCCAGGCAGGGGGCAGGGCCCAGCUCAGGGCCCAGACCCUGCCCGUGCCCGCCCCUGCCGCCGGGGUCAGGUGCCCCGUCCUCGCCCAGGGCAGCCCCCUCCCAGCUCCAGAGCAUGCCCCUGGGGCCUGCAGAGCAGUCCUUCCUCCAGCUGGAGCAGGAGAACCAGAAUCUGAAAAGGCAGAACCAGGACCUUCGGGAGCAGCUUGGGGCCCUCCUGGGGCCAGGUCAGCAGUUCCUACCCCUGUGCCGGGAGCACUCCAGCUGCACGGCCCUGGCCUGGCCCCCUGAGGCGGCCAGCACCCGGCCCCCAGAGGACAGGGCCCCUUUGCAGCUGCUGCAGCAGGAGCUAUGCCGGGGAGAAGAGUCUUUCGUGCAGCAGUCCCAGAAUGAGCUGCAGCAGAUCCGACUGUCCUUUGAGAGGAAGAAGAUGGCCAUCACUGAGGUGUGGGACGGCGUGGCCGAGGUGCAUAUGGCCCUGAACAACCAGGCCACCGGGCUCCUGAACCUCAAGAAGGACAUUCGGGGUGUGCUGGACCAGAUGGAGGACAUCCAGCUGGAGAUUAUGGGGGAGCAGGCCCAAUGCCGCACCCAGGCCAGGAAGGAGCAGCAAAUGGCAUGCAUAGGGAAGGCACCACUGCAGCUGGGAUGCUCCGAGGGCCUCAAAGGCCAGCUCUGGCUGCUGGCCCUGAGGCUGCUGCUGGGCGCCCUGCUGGCCUGCACCGCCGCCUACGUGUACGUGGUGGACCCCGCGCCCUUCGAGGGGCUGGUGCCGCCCCUGCUCAGCCGCGCCGCCGUCUGGAAGCUCCGGGCCCUGCUGGGCCCGUUCCUGCGCCUCGAGGUGGAUGACUUCCUGCCCUUCUAG